AUGGGGGCUGAAUCGGACACUCUGAGGCACCAUUUUUUAAAACUUGGGUUCAAUCCCAAAGAACUCAGUGAGCAGAAGAAGAAGGAAGGUAUUCGUAAUUUCCUUCACGUGCUAAAGUGCCCUGAGGCUGAACUCCAGAUGAACACUGGGAAUGCCAUUUUUACAGACGACAAAGUACAAGAGCUUCAGAAGUUCUUGGAUGAUGCUGAAAAUCUCCACCAAAAUUUCCCUACAUCUGUAGAAGCUGAGGACCUUAUCAACGCCACAGACAGUGCCUAUGGCAAGUUAGUUGACCUCAUCAAGGUUCUUGAUCCUGAGUUUGUGAUGGUUUAUAUAAACUAUAUUUUCCUGAAUGCCUAUACAGAGAAUCCAUUCUAUAACCAGCCUACUCAAGAACAGGACUUCUUUGUGGAUAAUGUUACAACAGUGAAGGUUGAAAUGAUGCAUAAAGCCGGCUACUACAACACUUAUCAUGAUCAGGAGCUGUCCUGUGAGGUGGUGCAGAUUCCUUACAAAAGCAAUGCUUCUGCAUUGUUCAUUCUACCUGAGCCUGGGAAAAUGAGGCUGGUGGAAGAGGCCAUGGGGGAAAAGCUUCUUCAAAGAUGGCAGGAUUCACUGAGACCAAGGUGGAUAGAUCUGUACCUUCCGAUGCUUUCACAGUCAAUUGAUGCUGAAGAGAUAUCAAGAAGUUUAGUUACAAUUGAUGUAUUCUCAGACGAAUCUGGAAUUCUUAGGAAAGCUGAGCUGAAUAUGUGCAAGGCUGGCCACAAAGCUCAUAUGAGUAUCCAUAAGAAUGGCACUGAAGCUGCUGCUGCCAUGUUCAUUGAACUGGUCCAACCUUCUGUGCCUCCCGAAAUGAAAAUAUACUUGCCCUACAGAUUUGUUAUUUAUAACGAAAUUAUCAAUAUCACCUUAUUGUUCGGGAAUGUUGUGAAUCCUAAUGAACCCUAA